CAUAACAGAGGAAGAACAUGACCGCGGUCGCAUUAAAAAGCUACUUUGUCGUGUUGGCAUAUUAUUUGUGAUAUUAAAACCACCAUUUAGAGAAUGGGAUAGAGAAGUUAUCUCUCUUAAACACUGUUUAGUUUACUGUAACGCCAUGUUUUCGCUAUCAUGUCUGGAGAAUGUCUGGAGCAUUGCGCUGUCUUGUGUAAACGUUGCAUCUUUGCUAGUUUUUUUGACGUCGUAUUGUUUACUUCAUUUAUAUCGAAAACGACAGAAAUUCGCAAAUAUUCCUCCAGGUCCGAAACCGUGGCCAGUAGUCGGAAACUUCGGCCACUUUCUUAUUCCUCCUUUUGUACGGAGGAGGCUCGGACAGCAAGUAGACAACACCGGCAAGAGCGCAGUGUGUGUUUUAACGGAACAAGCCAAGGUUUAUGGGAACGUGUACAGUCUGUUUGUGGGGAGUCAUUUAAUGGUUGUGCUUAACGGGUAUGAGGUGCUCAGGGACGCUCUCUCAAAUCACCCUGAGGUGUUCUCAGACAGACCAGAUGUCCCUGCUAUCACUCUCAUGACCAAACGCAAAGGAAUUGUCUUUGCUCCAUAUGGGCCAGUGUGGAGAAAGCAGCGCAAGUUUUGCCACACAACACUCCGAAACUUCGGCUUUGGAAAGUUGAGUUUGGAGCCAUGCGUCCUGCAGGGUCUGGCUGUAAUCAAAACGGAGCUGCUGCGACUGAAUGAGGAGGCUGGUGGUGAUGGUGUGGACCUGGCCCCACUGAUCACCAAUGCUGUGUCAAACGUCAUCUGCUCUCUGACCCUGGGUCAGCGCUUUCAUCAUGAAGACCGUGAAUUCCGUACCUUGCUGAACCUGAUGGGGCGGGGGCUGGAGAUCUGUGUGAACAGUCCUGCAGUCCUCAUUAACAUCUUUCCUCUGCUUUACUAUUUGCCAUUUGGGAUCUUCAAGGAGUUACGACAGGUGGAAAGAGACAUCACAGUGUUUCUAAAGAACAUUAUUACAAGACACAGAGAAACAUUAGAUCCUGAAAACCCGAGGGAUCUUAUCGACAUGUAUUUAUUAGAGAUGUUGGCCCAACAAGCUGCUGGAGAGAAGGACAGUAGCUUCACAGAAGAUUAUCUUUUUUAUAUAAUAGGAGAUCUUUUUAUAGCUGGGACUGAUACCACCACUAAUUCAGUUUUGUGGGUUCUGUUCUACAUGGUCUUAUAUCCUGAUAUCCAAGACAAGGUCCAGGCAGAGAUUGACAAGGUGGUGGGCAAACAUCAGGUCCCAUCUAUGACUCAUAAGGGGAGUCUCCCUUUUACUGAGGCCACAAUCAUGGAGGUGCAGCGACUGACUGUAGUGGUUCCUCUGGCUAUUCCUCACAUGACCUCUGAGACAUCGAAGUUCAGAGGCUACAGUAUUCCCAAAGGGACAGUUAUUAUUCCCAACCUGUGGUCUGUCCAUCGAGAUCCCACUGUGUGGGACGACCCAGACAGUUUUAACCCAUCACGUUUCUUAGACAGUGAGGGAAAGUUACUGAGGAAAGAAUGCUUCAUGCCAUUUGGGAUUGGUCGCAGGGUGUGCAUGGGUGAACAGCUGGCAAAGAUGGAGUUGUUCCUGAUGGUAACCAGCUUACUGCAAGCCUUCACUUUCAGACUGCCGGAGGGGCUGCCACCUCCUCCUCUUCAGGGACGCUUUGGCUUGACCCUUGCCCCCUGCCACUUCACUGUGUGUGUGAACCCUCGAAGCUGACAUUAGUAGAGGAACGACUGGUCUCAACUAACUUUCUGUCAAUAAGUACAUUAUAUUACAUUGUCUCCUGGAGAGACAACAUAAUGUAGGCACCUUAUAAAAAGUUUUAUUUGGAAAUUCUUUUGCAUAUGGAAUCAUGUGUUGUAUCAGUCAUUUUAUCAGUUAUUUAUUGAUGAUUAUUAUUAUUAUUCAAGCAGUCAUUUUCAAGUAAUCCAUUAACCCUUUCAUGCAUGAAUUAUGAGAACCUAA